AUGCAGUUUAGCUUAUGCCUGUCUACUGUCAUUUUUUUAUCAAUUUUAAAUAUUUCAUCAUCAACUGAGAUUGAAUGCAACUACAAAGUCGAAUAUUUCCUACCUGUUGGCUUUAAAUACACCUGCGAUGUCCUCAACAACCCCAACAUUAACUCAACUGAGAAAUCUCAAAUUAAAUCCAUCGUCGGUUCACAUUUGCAGCAUAAAUCAAACUCAGAUGAAGUUUUUUUCUACGUCAAAGAGAAGUUGUUGCUUUAUUUCCCACAAAAUCUUGAUAAAUUCUUCACAAACUUACGAGCAAUUGUGAUUGUGUCUAGUCAGUUAAAGGAAAUUCAUCAAAUCAACUUGAAAUCUUAUCAGCAGCUGACUUAUCUGACAUUGUAUGACAAUGACAUUGAAGUUCUUGAAGCUAACCUUUUCAAAUUCAACGAAAACUUAGAAUACAUCGAUUUGGAUCAAAAUAAAAUUAUAAAAAUUGGAACUACUGCUUUUAAUGGUUUGGACAAGCUGCACACGUUGGAUUUGAGGAACAAUGGAUGCAUCAACAUGAGGGCAGAUAAGAAUUUAACAGCAGUUCUGGAAGUUGUUGAGAAAGCUGAGAAGUUCUGUGGAUUUGAUGCAACAAGCACAACUGAAGAUAAUGAUGAGGAUUUGGAUUUUGAGGUUAUAGACAUGGUUUCAACUACAACUGAGGUUAAGAGUGAUUUAGAUGAUAAAGCUAGUCUAAUUGAGGUGGUAAGCUUAACAAAAGAUCAAGUAAAAAAUGAAAACAUUUUAAAGAACAUCAGUGAAUCGAUUGAUGCCUUCAGAGAAGCUGUGACUUGCUCAUUAAGAACAUUAGGGCAGAAAAUGUCAGAACAUGAUGAAAAAUUCAUUAAUUUAGAUGAUAAAAUGAACGAUCUGUACGAGAAUUUGUCAGGAUUGAAUGGAAAAUUUUCAACUUUUGACGAUGAAAUUUCAAAAAUUGGCGGAAAAAUUAUGGAUUUUGAGGAGAUCAUUGCUGAACUUGGUAAACAUUUUGAACAAUUUUCCCUUAAAUUUGAAGAUAAUGGACAGAUUUUGACUAGAUUUGAGGAAGAUCUGACUGCCUUUGAUGAAAAUUUUUCAACAUUUAGGAAGAUUAUGCUUGAGUUUGGUAAUAAUUUCACUCAAUUUAAUGAGAAAGCUGAGGAAUUUGUAGAAACUUCCUCAGCCUUAGAUGAGAAAUUGACAAACUCAAAUGAACAAUUGACGAAAAUUGACGAACAAUUGCUUGACUUUGGAAUCAAAUUUCUCCAUUUUGACUUAAAAGUGUCAAAUUUGAGUGAGAAUUUCAACAAUUUCAGAGAAGACUUUGGUCAAAUUAAUGAAAAAUUGAAGAAAAAUGACAAACAACUGUUAAAAAUUGACAAAUUUACAACAAAUUUGGACCACAAAAUAACUCAUUUGAGUCAGAAAUUUACUAAAUUCGACCAAAAGUUGACUAAAUUUGAUGAUCAUAUGUCAAAAAUCGGUGAAUUUGAAGGAUAUUUCAAGAAUUUUGUGGAGCAAUUUGCCAAUUUUGAUGAUAAACUUUUAAAGUUUGAUGAGAAACUUUCAAAUUUUGAUGCAAAAUUUUCCAUUUUUUAUGAAAAGUCAGUAAAAUUUGAUGAAAAAUUGAAAAAAUUGGAAGAAAAUUCGUUAAAUUUGGAAGCAAAUUCAAGAAAUCUCAACGAAAAACUUUCGAAAAUUGAUGAAAAAGUUUCAAAAAAUGAACAAAUUCUAUCAAAUUUCACACAAAACUUCUCUAAUUUCGAUAAAACCUUGUCAGAAAUAGCAGAAAAAUUCCAAAUCAUCCCCAAAAACCACACAAAAUCUCCAUCAAAGUCAUUAAUCCCCAAAAAAUCAAAUCAACAUGAAAGUUCCUCAAAAUUCGACACAAAAUUGACCAAUUUCGACACCAAACUUUCAACAAUCCACAAUCAAGUCUCAAACAUAACAGAAACUCUCACGAAAUUCAGCAACCAGCUCGAAACUCACGAAGAGAACCUCGACCAACUCAAAUCCCACUCAUACUUAAAAUUAGCAAAAAUAGUCGACAAGUUCGAUAUCAUGAGAUACAAAAUUCUAUCCUCAGUUGAUCUCAAAAUUGUGGAACUUGAGAAGAGAUUGAUUGGAAAAAUUGAAGAAAUUUUCGAGCAAAAAAUGGAAAAGAUUUUGAAUGUCUUAAAGGAGUCAGACUAA